GCGACUAGGCGCGGCGUGGCGCGACGCGACGGCGGACGGUCGCUAAUUAUCAAUGGCGCGAUGACGCGACGCCGUACAAAUGGCGGGUAAUGAAACAGCUGUUCACGCCGCCGCCGGCUCGACAUCUAGCGGAGCGCGGGCGCGAUCCGGCGCGCGUCGGCGACGACGUCGACGUAGAGUACGUCGCGGCGAGGAGGACCGUAGACCGCCGAGGAAGACCACCACGACGGUGCUCGCGGGUGACCUGUCGAGGAGGAACAUGGCCGCUGGCUGCUGCGGCGCGAAGAAGCAGAGGCUGGGCGGUACGUCGAACCUAUCGCCUUGCGACGGCAGCGUUGUCGCGCGACACGGCGCUCCUCAGCCGAGGAAGUGUACGAUCGCCCAGCCGGAGAUGGGUUUCUUCUGCUUCGACGUGCUCUACUGCCAGCUGCACCAGCUGGAUCCGCCGAAGACGCCCAACUUCAGCAACGAAGCGUUCCCUUUAUUUGUGACAUGGACAAUAGGAAAAGAUAUGAGGUUGCGAGGUUGUAUUGGUACUUUUAACGCGAUGCAUUUACACGCUGGGCUACGAGAAUACGCUGCAACUAGCGCAUUCAAAGACUCUCGAUUUAAUCCCAUUACACGGGACGAGCUGCCACGCUUACACGUGAGCGUGUCGAUUUUACGGCAUUUCGAGGACGGGGUUGACUAUUUAGAUUGGGAAGUGGGCGUUCAUGGAAUUCGCAUAGAGUUCCACAAUGAGAAAGGUAAUAAGCGGACGGCCACUUACUUGCCCAGCGUAGCUAUGGAGCAAGGAUGGGACCAGAUACAAACGAUAGAUUCUCUGCUGCACAAGGGCGGCUACAAGGGCCUAGUCACGCCCGACAUUCGUCGUAGCCUGAAACUGACUCGCUAUCAGAGCGAGGAGGUCACCGUGAGCUAUCAGGACUAUAUGACACAUUUCAAUACGUCUCACGUCUCGCCGCACGAUAACGCUCGGUACAAUCCCUUGGUGUCCAACCAGCAGAACACGCAGAUCGUCACGCAGCCCAGUCGCUCGACAUUCAUACACCCGCUACCUUUGCCCCCGCUUCCCCCGGUCAUGGUGCCGAUACGUAACAAUCCGCCCGGUUGGUGGAAUAACGCGGGUCCGUCCUAUCCGCCUGCGCCGCUUCACCUUCGACCGCAUCGCUCCUCAACGCAGGAAACCGCGGAACGCGGGACCGUUCGUGUCUGCAGUCGGGUCGCAGGAGUCGACGGCAGUCGAGUGGGAAACAUGGCUGCUGGUUGUUGCGGUACGAAGAAGCAAAAGUUGAACAACAAUUCAACGGGUGCACCAUGCAAUGGUAUCACAGUGUUGUCAAACGGUACGCGUAUACGUAACACGCCGAUUGUACAGCCUGAGAUGGGCUUCUACUGUUUCGAUGUCCUCUACUGCCAACUGCACCAACUCGACCCACCAAAACCGCCCAACUUUAGCAACGAAGCAUUCCCCUUGUUUGUAACAUGGACAAUUGGCAAGGACAUGAGAUUACGUGGAUGCAUUGGCACAUUCAAUGCCAUGCAUUUACAUGCAGGACUUAGGGAAUAUGCUACUACUAGUGCUUUUAAGGACUCACGGUUCAAUCCUAUAACAAGAGAAGAACUGCCACGCUUGCACGUGAGCGUGUCUAUACUGCGGCAUUUUGAGGAUGGCGUAGAUUACUUAGAUUGGGAAAUAGGAGUUCAUGGCAUUCGUAUAGAGUUCCACAAUGAGAAGGGUAAUAAAAGAACUGCUACUUACUUACCUGAUGUUGCGACCGAGCAAGGUUGGGACCAGAUACAGACGAUAGAUUCGUUACUACACAAGGGCGGCUAUAAGGGCUUAGUCACACCAGACAUUAGACGCAGUGUGAAGUUAACGCGGUACCAGAGCGAGAAAGUUACUGUAAGCUAUCAAGACUACAUGACACAUUGGCACAACCGGAGAUGCUAGCAGCUGGCUUGGGGUCCUGUUCAGGGGCCCCUACCUUGCCAAACACCUGGCACGUUUUGUUACAAAAAUACUGACACAGUUAAUACCACUUACCCACAAUACAGUAACACUCAAUACAACUCCUUCAUGGCCAAUCAGCAGCAUACUUUAGUCAUGGUCCAACCGAAUCACCCCACUUUCAUACACACGCUACCAAUGUCACCGAUUUCUUCAGUUAUGUUACCCAUGCAAAACUAUCCACCAUUCUGAUGAAAUUAUAUAUGUCGCAUUCUUCAUUUCGCUUCAUCGUUAUUCUUUACAAAGUUUUGUAACGUUGAGAAAUGAAUUUAUAGGCAGUAAAAAUGAUCUAAUGUUAUGUAUGAUCUAUUUUACUGCUUUAAUUGGUGCCUAUUAUAGUUUGAUUGUUCAGCAUUUAUUUUCUUCUCUCUAUCUGUUCUCUUUCUCUUUCUCCCUUGUCGCGCGAUAUAUUCCUCUGUGAGGAAAAUGCAAGUGCGUAUGGUGACAAUGUUCUUCCAAUGUGACACUUGCGAUAAAAAUAAAUGAUAUUAGCAGCUAGAGACAUUUCUAUAAAGUAGAUCCUUGUUCUUGUAUUGUACAAUUUUAUGAUUGUUAAAUUGGAAACAAAAAUUAAAAGUAAUCUAUUUGCGUGCAACGAUGGAACCAAGUUCAGUUCGCUAACGCUUUACAACUCGACUAGCCACCAAUCGAUAUGGAAUGUAAAUAUUACAAUUAGUUUUACCAUCAUGCUAGGAUAUUCGAUGGUAAACUUGUUAUCUGCGAGACGAGUGUUGCGAGGAACUUAGAUAUUCGCGAUAGUUCCGUAUUUACAUUUACUUGCGCCACCGAACGCAGAUAUAAGUUACCAACAGAUUUUACGAGCACUGAAAUUGAAAUUUCCUUAAAUCUACAGUCGAGGGGUAAUUUAUUCGAAACAAAUUCGACAAACGGACGCGCCAUCAUAUGCCACGUACAAAAUUCAUUUUCGUUCUAAGAUGUAACCGUUAAUUAUUCAUACUUAACACUUCACACACAAUAACAUUAUAACGUCUAAACAGAAUUUCUUUGCAUUAAUGGUAUAAAUAAAAGAUUGUUUUUCAUCAUUAUUCUAUCAAAUGUGGUCUCAUAUUAUAUACAGUAACUUAUUCAUAGGCAUGUUGAUUUUUCUUCUUCGUUUCUUAAUAGUAUAUACAAAUUGUUGUAUAACGAAAUAUAAAUGGCAUGAAUAUGUUGUAUAAA